UCGCUUCUCAAUGCAAAACAAAUCAGUACUAGGUAUAGCUUACAAACUAUAUCAGCAUUAAGGAUCAGAAUGAAAUAUUGCUGAUUUCCCUGAAUAAGUUCAGUGCCAUGUUCAGCUAACAGCAAGUUAUGUUCAGCAACCACGAGCAACUAAAACGCCGCACACCGAAGGACGGAAUCGAUCGACGGGAAUUUAUAACCCUACUUGUGGAUGAAUAUUACGAAACUCCUAGUUUAGCAGCACAGCAGCAGGUGACGGCCAACCUAGCAAACUUUGCGUACGAUCCAAUCAACUGGGGCUAUCUCCGGCAGGCCAAAGCCCACGAUCUGUUCAUCGAGAUACUGAACAACUCUGUAGAUCCGGCGUUGCUGAUCCACGCCGCAGCGGGAGUGUGCAACUUUUGCUUGGAUGAACAAAUCGGCGAAUAUCUUCGACGUGGUGGCACUGUGAAGCAACUAAGAACGUUAAUAGAGAAGUACCCAAACAGUGGAGAGCUGCUAGGGCAUCUUCUGACGACAUUGAUAUAUUUGGACAAGCAACCAAUAGACCAGGCCUUUCGAAGGCUGAUGCUCAGUUUGCAGCGAGGCACCAAUAAGAUUGUGGCAAACUUGGCAACGGUUUACCUGGAAGAUAAUGGUGCUGCUUCAAAUAAAAAGGUUCCUGAGAGUAGCUUUUCUACCGGUCAAGUGCUCACCUUGAGUCGGGUGUUUUGCCAAGCAGAUUUGGUGAAAUUUGCUGAAUUCACUGGUGAUCGGAAUCCGAUUCAUCAGUUGAAUCAGCAAAGUUUCGUGAACGGUGCCUUGCUGAAUGCGACUACGGCUGGAAUUAUAGGCAGUAACUUUCCGGGCUAUGUCGUAACUUCACAGGAGUUUAGAUUUCCCAACCGGUGCCGCUUGGACGAGGAGGUUUUGUUUCGGGUGAAGGUCGAAGAAAUGAGAAAAAUUGUAGGAAUUUCGUAUGAAUGUACUCAAGGAGAGCAGACGGUUUUUGUGGGGACGGCAAAGUUGUUUGCUGUUAGGUCGUAGCAAUGUUUUAAAUAAACAGCGACAUCUUGUGAUGGUGCAAUGACUAAAUACAAGUGUAUUUUGUUCAACUCCAGUCCGAUGACC